AUGGAGGGCGCCGUAUCUUUGGCUCAUGACUUGGAGGGGGAUCGCUUCCCACAUUGGGACAACGGCGUUGGAGAAGUAGCAGCGGCAGGGAUGGAGGUCACGAAGCGCGACGAGACGGCCGUGAUGCGUCAGCUGGCUCAAGGACGGCUUCUACAGCAGCAGCAGGAUCAGCCGCCGCCGCCGCCGCCGCUGCGACCGUACACUUACGACGAUGAGCCGCCAUCAGAACCGCCGUCAGAACCCCUCUCUCCGCCUCGCCGGCCGGCCGCCCCCCCGGCGCCCCCUCCCCCUCCGCCGCUGCCCUCAAUCAUUAAUCACAACAACUUCAUCGUCAACUACUCCGCGCCCAUGUGUCUGGCCAGCUCCAACUUUGGCGCCGACGUGGUGCACGACUCGCUGCUCGAAACGGACCGUGAAAGGAUCCUGUCCAUUAAGCUGCACAGAUUCGUACCGCUCGAUGGGCCUGGCGGCUCAACACUGGUCGCCCUCGAGGUCUACGUCUACGAUGAAAACGGGGAAAGCUGGCUCACCAUCAGCGGCAGCCUCUUCAGUCGUGAUGCAGCCCCAUCACUCAUCAGCACCGAAACCAUAAUCCUACAUAACCAACCGCUAACCGCCGUAACUGCCUGCUGCAACGCCCGUGGCACCACCGGCGGCUUGGCCCUGCAUUACGCCAACGGCACGCCAUCUCGGCCGCCGCCGGGGCUGCCGUCGGACAUACCCCUCCUACCGCCGCUGCCAUCGCCGCCGCCGCCGCCGACCAACACAAGCAUCCUUAAGGAUAUCAAUACGAUCAGGCGCCUUGAUGUACCGCAGAUCACGGCUGGUGUACCAAACGAAAUUCCGAACAACUUUGCGACAGCCGCUUUGGUGAUGUGGGGCGCUGCCGUGCCAAUCUUCGUAACAGAGUCCAACUCCCCCGCGGUCAUCGCGGGAAGGUACGGCAAGGGGCGUCUUGCAGCUUUCGGCGCAGAGCGAAUGGUGACGCAAUGCUGUACGGCGAAUAAUCCCAACGCCACGACCCCCUCGGAACCCGCCAUGGACCGCCUCAUCCUCAACACGGCCGUUUGGGCAGGCCAUUACGGCUGGAAGGUACGACAGUGA